AUGGUGCUACCGGCCAAACGAAUCAUAUUAUCAAAUAUAGCUACUAUAACUUCCAAUUCAGUUAUCGAAAACGUUGUUAGGAAAAACAACAUCAAACUAUACUCAAAAAUUACACCACUGAAAGCAGGAAUCGCCGACCCAGACCUGUCGCAUAUAUUAAGCUUCAGGAGACAAGUCUACGUAGAUCCAGAGGAUGCAAAACAAAUUCCGGGUUCCUUCCUUAUUAUGUUAGAAAACACCACCUAUAGAAUAUUUGCUACCACGGAGAAACAGACAUGUUUUAGGUGCAACCAAGAAGGACAUAUUGCUACGCAAUGUCCUACUAGCCUAAACCCAAACGGAACCAGUUCACAUACAGAUUCAAAUCCGCAACCCGUUCCACCCCCUUACAUCGAAGAUCAGCCCAAUGAACUAGAAACAGAAAUACCAAAUACACAAGAACAUAUAGAACCAAUGUCGCUGCAUGUCUCUAACACAAUAGAAUCAGCAGAAACAACGACGGAUGACUCGAUUGCGGACAAGACAAGAAGCAAAAGACCGUUAUCCACAACCUCAGAAGAAAGCAACACAAAACCAGUGAAACUAAGCGACCUAGAAUUCAAGCCACCAGACGCAGUACUCAAAAAGCCCUAUAGGAACCCUGAACCAGCCCUUAAGAAAACAAAACAACCCCCAUCUCCUGCCUUCUCGCUAGACAAAAUGGACGAUAUGCUGGAACCGGCUAAGAAUUACAUCGAAGACCAAAGAGAUAACAAAUUUAUAACUAACCCACAGGACAUAGCUGACACCCUUGCAGAGACAUUCCAAAAAAAUUCAAAAAAUAAAAACCUAGAAGAAAGAGCCCACACACCCUCCCCGCACCUCACAAACCAAAGAAACGACACCAGCCCCCCAGUAAACGCUGGCUCCGAAUCCACUCUAAAUUCAACCAUAACCCUAGAAGAGCUAACAAACAUUCUCCACACCACCAAAAAUUCCGCUCCUGGUCCUGAUAACAUACCUAACAAACUGAUAAAAGAAUUGACACAAAUCGGUACCGAGCAUCUCCUCAAGAUCUUCAACUCCAUUUGGGUACAUCAAGUAUUCCCGGACAACUGGAGGAAAGCCACAGUUAUACCCAUACCCAAACCAGAAAAAAUAAUUAAUAAAAAGCUCAGAUGGUUCCUCGAAUCGAAUAAUAUGCUGUCACCUAACCAAUACGGAUUUAGACAGCACCGCUCGACCACCGACGUACUGUUAAAUCUAGAGACAAGCAUAUGCGAAGCAUUUCUAAAGAACGAAUUCCUCAUUACAACUAAACAAGUGAGAACAAACGGAACCUUCUCCAAACCAACCAUCAUACACAACGGAGUACCACAAGGUUCGGUAAUCAGCGUUACGCUUUUCUUGAUAGUAAUCAACGACAUUUUAAAUAACAUUAAGCCGCCAAUCCAAGGAACCCUGUUCGCGGACGAUCUAACAAUAAGCUGCAGCGGGAAAAGCCUAACCACCAUCAUUGAGCUCCUACAGGAAAGUAUAAACGACCUCCUGUCAUGGUCCGUGAAAUCAGGCCUCAAAUUUUCCCCCCUAAAAACAAAAUACAUCAUCUUCUCUAAAAAACGCAAGAGAACCAUACUUCCCCCUAAGCUCUAUAUACGGAACACUGAAAUCGAAAAAGUAAACAGCAUCAGAAUACUUGGACUCAUCUUUGACCAUAAGCUAACGUGGCCACACAUGAAAUACCUAAAAACCACAUGCUCAAAAAAAAUGAACAUCAUAAAAGCCUUGGGAAAUAAUAGCUGGGGAGUUGACCAAGAGAUUAUUAUACAAACCUACCAGGCACUAAUUAGAUCCAAACUCGACUACGGGUCAAUAGUUUAUAACUCGGUUAAACCCAACACCCUGAAAACAAUCGACUCAAUUCAUAAUGCCGCCCUACGAAUAGCUACUGGAAGCUACAGGACCAGCCCAAUAAAUAGCAUACUAUUUGAAUCAAAAGAACCCUCACUAGAACAAAGAAGGAAAUACCUAAGCCUAAAAUACGUAGCCAAAAUGUCCUCCACUCCAAAUAACCCCACAUACAAUAACAUAUUCACAAAUAGAUAUACUCACCUACAAGCUAAAAAACCCAAAUCCCCAAACCCAUUUUAUGGAAGAAUUGCCAAAUACGAUAGCUUCACCGUGAUCACAUCGACUCCAACCAUUCCACGUAAAUAUAGGAAAACAGCUCCCUGGACCCUAAAAAUCCCUGAAACCAACGUUGACCUCGCAAAGCUCCCCAAAAACCAAACAAGCAGCAUUGAACACAGAUUAAACUUCCAACAACUGUGCAACAAAUAUCCCAACCACCAAACGAUAUACACCGAUGCAUCAAAGACCGACCAGGCAGUACGUGCCGCCAUCGUCACGAACAACACGACCAAAAAGUUCCACCUUCCAGCAGCCUCAUCUAUCUUUACAGCAGAAGCUUGGGCAGUUCUUGAGGCCCUUAACUAUAUACGAAAUAACAAUCUCCAAUCUUCUAUCAUCCUCACAGAUUCCAUGAGCGUAACCAUGGCAAUAGCAAACAUAAAUUGCAAAACCAAACACGAAGUCAUCCUAAACAUUCAAUAUACCUAUACGGACCUCAUCAAUAACGGCAAACAAAUAUCCCUAGUCUGGGUUCCAUCUCACCAAGGUAUCAAAGGAAACGAAAGCAGCUGA